UGUGAACGAACCAACGAAGCAAAGGACGGUAGCAGCUUACCUUACGAUUUUAGACUUUUUGUUUUCCUCCGCGGCGCGUUGUGUCGCGGUCUAGCACUCUGACCUUGACUCCGAUGCACCAGCGCGUCGAUAGAAACACUAAGGAACAUCGUCACGUCGUGUCUCGAACGGUGUUCCCUCGCGGUGUGCCGAUCGCGCGACUCGCGCGGACGGUCCUGUUGUGACACGCGAAUGACCUUGAUUCUUCGACAAGGUGGCGUCUUGGAUAUCGAGCGAACCGGUCCACGUCUUCUCGUUUCGCGUUUCUUUAUCGUCUGAGGUGAUGUGUCACCUCAGGAGAUGAACAAGUAAGAAAAGCAAGCCUGAUCUUCGUAGCUACAACGAAGCGUGCGUUCGAAUCUAUCGCGAGACGUCAUCUGUCAUCGAAAAAACGACGUCCGAGAAGCAACGGAAGACAACACCUGAUCUUGAAGUGCAGAACACCUACAUGGCACCGCGGCGUCACGCCAACGGCGGCCACGGCGGUGGCGGUGGCGGCGGCCUCCUGGAGAACGGGGGCGGUGGUGUUGGCACUAACGAUCCCAUGGAUAAUCUCCUGGGUCCGAGCCAGACGACGCGCUGCUGCACGCCGACCGGCGAAUGUCUGCGCGGCGACACCCUCAUCCGCCUUAACGCUCUGCACGAUGCGGUCAAGGUCACCUGCAAUAACGAUAAUUGUCCGAUCGGCCAGUUCAUGCACCGUGAGUGCUUUGACGCCUGGGAGCAGACGGUACUCACGUAUCUGAAGAGCUGCGGCCGCGCUCGCAGCUGGUCCGAGCGUCAACGUCAUCAGAAUCUCUGGACGAAGAAGGGAUACGAUCUCGCAUUCAAGGCGUGCGGCUGCCGCUGCGGCCGCGGCCACCUUAAAAAGGAUCUCGACUGGAUGCCCCCCGGUCUUGGCAACGUGCCCGGCAAUCGUCCCGAUGAAAACGAGGCGAAGAAGAAGAAGCGGCGCAAUCGUCAGAACACCAGGCCGAGCCUAGCCGUGUCAGCCGGCCCGCCGAAUCAUGGCAACCACGUCGUCGCCGCGAACGGCCGUGGCACCAGCGAGGCGCAGAUGAUCGAGGCUGGCCGCGGCAGAGCCGGCUCUUUGUCGUCCAGCACCGGUUCCAGCUCGCCACCGGCUACCAGCGAACCGAGCGUCAGCCCUCUUCAUCAACCGCAGGCUAUCAUGAAGAAGAAGAGCAAGGUCGACUUUUUCAGCGAUCGCGCGAGACAAAGCUGCGGCGCCAACGGCAUUUUUUCGCGUCGUCUGGAUUUCAGCGCUUUCAACAGUCUGCCUCGCACCAAGCUUAACUCCUAUCAUAUUAAGAUGGAAGACGAGGGCAAUCACGGCAACGACGACACCAGAUGCUUCAUUCUAUCGACAUUGGCCGCUUUGCAGUGGUCUCGAGUUACAUGUGUCCUUUGUCGCGCUGCCAUGCUGGUUUUCGACAGGUAUCCGUUGGUGGACGGCACAUUCUUCUUGUCACCCAGACAACAUUCGCCUGCUUGCGCUGAGGUGAAGGUCGAAGGUCGCACACAAUUUUUGUCAGCUGUGUGCAUGAGUUGUUUGGAGGGCAGCGGCGGGCAGCCCGUACGCUGUCGUUUCUGUACCCAGCCGUGGGAUGGCUCGAGCUUGGUUCUCGGAACCAUGUACAGCUACGAUAUCUUCGCUGCAAUGCCCUGCUGCAGCGAGCGACUCAAGUGCAACAGCUGCCAGAAACCUCUGAUCCACCCUCAUCAGCGACUGAACUUCUACUCGGACUACAGCCGUGUCUUUGGCUGUCCACACUGCAGGACGGUCGACGCCCACUUUGUGAAACCGCUCUCGGCCUGCUUCACCCGCGAGCAGUUUCAGCUCUACAGCCAGUGGCCGUAACCAUUAGAGAACUUAGCGAACCGCCGCCGUAUGCGCACGACCGCGGCUGACUUGUAUCCUCUCUUUUACAAGUCGAUCUCCCUGUUCCGGACGACCGUGCUCUAGAAUCCUCCCCUUGCGACCUUCUAGGAGACUUGACGAUGGCGAACGCGCACGGGGGCCGCGAUCUUUCCUGGCGCGUGUUGUCGGCCGGAUCCACCGAUGUAUUAAUUCCUAUUAACUCGCCAAACGCUUUUAUUUCGGUCGACAGCUGAUGUUGUUUCUUCGUAAUUUCUUAGGAAUCAUUUUUUUUUUUUUUUUAGCAAUUUAUUCUAUGCGAUAACGGUACGCGCGAGCCCCUUGGCGCAUUCCCAUAGUACUAAAAUUUAAGAUGUUUCUUUUUAAUGCCAAUUGUAGAUUUGUUUGUCUAGAUUGAUCUUAAGCGGGAGACGUCGAAUUAUUGACGUUUCGUUUGACGAUGCGGGAGGCGAGACUUGCAAAAUUAAUAUGCUUUAUUUUCCCUAUAACGUUGCUCUUUAAGUUUCUUAAGGCAUUUAUCGUGCGUUUUGCUGUAAUAAACGGCAAAUAAUUUUUUUAUUAGUAUACACUAUUUGACAAUUGUGUCAUUACACAGACGUAGUUCUCUGAUAUAGGUGAGUUUUAACUAGUAAAAUUUUUGUUGUUGGAGAAAUCUGUGUGUUUCAUCAUUUAUGCACAAAAGUUUUGGACUAUGAACUGAAUCACAUCUCUCUUGGACGAUUUCUUUCGGAAACUUCGGGUGACAAGUGUGACAGCUUCGCCGUCUCCCGUUUUAUAAUAUAGUUGAAAUUACUUUAAAGAAAAAUAAAUACAUGAAAUAAAUUUAGGCGGAGAGAAAUUCGAUAUUAGACACGGAAAGGUCGAUUCUCUUUAUUGUAAACGUGUAUAAAGAAAAAAGGAAAAAGAAAAUGGCUACUUUCUAGGAAAGAUUGGGAGGGAAAGAAAGAAGAAAUAACUAUCGUUUGUUACUUAGAUAAUCGAGAACACGUUGUUUUUUUUACAUUUUAUUAGUUUAUACGUUUAUGGCGGCCAUGUUGAUUUUGUUUAAGGAUCUACGACUCAUUCGAUGGGUUUUCAACGUUGAUUCGAUCGGGCGCAUGUCGCGACUUUCCGCGGGAUUCGGGACAGGAGCGUUGCUAAGGAACGGACGAAAUUUCGCGCCGGUCGUAAAGAUAAAAGUAAACUCAUUGAAAGAAGAAACCAAUUGUUUGAUACUACCGCUCGUUUCUGUGUACACACGGUUUUUUCGUCUAGACGAAAGUGCACGACUCUCUCUCGUUUCUCCGAUCGUCCCAUCAUCGCUCAUUCGAGUAUAGGACGAUUCUCGCGGAAAGUCGUGAUCGUCCGAAGUAGCCAGUGUAUAUAAUAUAUUAAGUGGGAGAGAAACAAGUGUGUUUGAAGAGGAAGAGAACCUUCUUUUUUUCUGGCGAUGCUGGUCGUUGCUGUCCACCAAUAGCGGCCGUCCCACAAACAGACCGCCCACCGUUCUCAAGGUAGUAUAGUCGAUCGUGUACCUUUUUUACGUUACUUCGAUUUAAAAAAAAUAUACUUAAUCCAUAUGUCGGGAGGUAUAUUUAGGAGAUAAUAUAAUGCCCCGUGUGUGUGAUGCGUAACGCGAUGAGGAUUGUGAAGCUGCGCGACUACUUCACGCUUUUGCGUAAUGGGUUUAUUUUUGUUCGUCUUCAUCAGCCAUACAUCUGAUAAAACCAAAAAGUAUCGUUUUAUUUUCAUGUAAUAUUGACAAUAGUAUUUUUUUAUACAAGCGAUGUUGCAUAUUUUUUUUAACAAUAUAUGCCACGUGAAAAAUUGAAGAAAAUUUAUGUUUGAAUUUUAUUUUGCUGCAUAGUGUUAUAUUUAUCAAUUCGAAAUGCACGAAAAUAACACGCAUAUAAAUAACGUUAAUUGUAGUCUUUUAAAUAUUUUUUUUCAAAAACUUAAAUUUUCUUUUAACAUUUUCAGUUAUUUAUAUGAUUUUCUGCGACAAUAGAUACUAUCAUGAUUAGAGAGGAGGAACACAAAAAAGGAUAUAGUGUUUAUAUGACUAAUAGGCACAAUUUCUUUCUUUUUUACGUGUUUUACGUGUUAUAAGAAAUAAUACAAGGAAUAAAAUGAUAUUCAUUCAUUAAUUUUUGAAGUAGUCACGCAGUUUCGUUCACUGAAGAAUCGAAGAAAAAGGAGAUAAGAAAAUAGGGGGGUGAGAAAUAAAAAAAA